AUGGUACAAGAAGGAAUUGUUUUAGGACACAUCAUAUCAAAUAGAGGAAUUGAAGUAGACAAAGCCAAAAUAGAAGUAAUCGAAAACCUUCAACCUCCGAAAACUGUGAGAGAAGUACGAAGCUUCUUAGGACAUGCCGGUUUUUACCGACGAUUCAUUAAAGAUUUCUCUAAAAUAACUAAACCUUUAACCGGAUUAUUAAUGAAAGACGCUGAAUUCACCUUCGACAAUAAAUGUUUAGAAGCAUUUCAAACACUUAAACAAGCAUUGAUCUCCGCGCCCAUAAUUCAGACUCCGGAUUGGAAUGAACCAUUAGAAAUAAUGUGUGACGCAAGUGACUACGCCGUAGGCGCUGUUUUAGGACAACGAAAGGAUAAAAAACUUCACGUCAUAUAUUAUGCGAUUCCACUUGAUUUAUCCUACCAACAAAAGAAACGAUUCUUCCAUGACAUAAAACAUUAUUACUGGGAAGACCCUUUACUUUUCAAAAGAGGCCCCGAUGGUAUUUUCCGUCGCUGUAUACCUGAAGAAGAGAUAGAAAAUGUGCAUACCGCUGUCAAGAAAUGCGAUAGGUGUCAACGCACAGGAAACAUAUCUAGACGUGACGAGAUGCCACAAAAAGGCAUUUUGGAAGUAGAAAUUUUCGACGUGUGGGGAAUAGAUUUCAUGGGACCUUUUCCACCUUCUUUCGGUAACAAGUACAUACUCGUAGCGGUUGACUACGUAUCAAAAUGGAUUGAAGCUAUAGCUUCUCCAACAAACGAUACACGAGUAGUAAUUAGACUCUUUAAGAAUAUAAUCUUUCCAAGGUUCGGUGUCCCAAGAAUAGUAGUCAGUGAUGGUGGAUCGCAUUUCAUAUCUAGGAUAUUCGAAAAACUAUUGUUUAAGUAUGGUGUAAAACAUCGAGUAGCGACACCUUACCAUCCUCAAACUAGUGGACAAAUGGAAGUGUCUAACAAAGAAAUUAAACAGAUAUUGGAAAAAACAGUCGCCACCUCGAGGAAAAACUGGUCAUCAAAAUUACCCGAAGCUUUAUGGGCAUAUCGAACCGCUUACAAAACUCCCAUUGGAACAACCCCAUUUAGGCUUAUUUAUGGUAAAUCUUGCCACCUCCCAGUGGAGUUAGAACAUAAGGCCUAUUGGGCUAUUAAAAAUUUAAAUUUAAACUAUAAGGCCGCCGGUGAAAAGCGAAUUCUUGAUAUAAACGAAUUAGAGGAACUUAGACAAGACGCAUACGAAAAUGCCAGAAUCUACAAGGAAAGAACGAAAAAAUGGCAUGAUAAACGCAUAUCAAGGAAAACUUUCAAACAAGGCGAUGUAGUCCUAUUGUUUAACUCUAGACUUAAGUUAUUCCCAGGAAAACUACGCUCUAGGUGGUCAGGCCCUUUCCAAGUCACUAAUGUCUUUCCUAGUGGGGCUGUAGAA